GUUUACUUUGCAGACAUAAAGAGGAAAUGAGAGUGGCAGCAUUCUCUGCAUAGCUCUCUUUCUGUAUAGUCAGUCAGAGACACUGGAGGAACUCAGGCUGACAAAGAAUGACUGCAGCUACUUUAUUGUAAAGUCCAGUGUGUUGCCAUAAGAAGUGUAAUACAGUAUGGAUCUGUGUGAGGAGAGAGACUAUGACACCCCACCUCCUGAAAUCCAACAUGGAAGCCCAACCAAAGCUAAGAGCCUAGUCCAGCAGGAAAGACCAGACACCCCUGAACCCAGCUGUGUGUCUAUGGAGAGUAACCAAUCCAUGCAUCCACCCUUAACCUUUAGAGAUAGAAUUCACUCUACAAAGCAGAGAGUCCAGACAAAACCAGACCAACCUGAACCCAGCUGUGUGUCUAUGAAGAGUAACCAAUCCAUGCAUCCACCCUUAACCUUUAGAGAUAGAAUUCACUCUACAAAGCAGAGAGUCCAGACAAAACCAGACCAACCUGAACCCAGUUGUGUGUCUAUGAAGAGUAACCAAUCCAUGCAUCCACCCUUAACCUUUAGAGAUAGAAUUCACUCUACAAAGCAGAGAGUCCAGAGGAAACCAGACCCCACUGUACCCACUUCUGUUUCUAUUGAACGCGAGGACUCUAUGAGGCAGCCUGUGUCCUUUAACCAAAGAGUCCGCCAGGAGGGAUCAAAGAUUGCUACUGGUCACAAUGAGCACAAUGAAGCAGCAGAUCUGGCCUCCAUAUUCACGACUCUAGAGGAGAACAUCAUCACAUUUGUGCGGACUGAGCUGAAGAAGUUCCAGGAAGUUCUUAGUACAGAAUACCCAGAGUGCCUAGAGAGCCAGAAGAAGGAUGAGAACGUGGUGGAUGCUGGUGAAGAAGAACAGAGAAAAAACAGCAGACAGGCACUUUUGAAGAUCACACUGCACUUCUUGAGGUCAAUAAAGCAAGAGGAGCUGGCUGACUCUCUGCAGAGCAGAACUCUUGUUGCAGUGUGCCAAAAUAAGCUCAAAAGUAAUCUGAAGGGGAGGUUCCAGUGUUUUUUUGAGGGAAUUGCUAAAGCAGGAAAUCCCACACUUCUGAACGAGAUCUACACAGAGCUCUACGUCACAGAAGGAGGGAGCAGACGGAUCAGUGAUGGACAUGAGUUCAGGCAGAUUGAAACAACACCCAGGAAACCACCAAAACGAGAAACUAUGAUCAAAUGUGAAGACAUCUUCCAACCCAUAAUUGGCAGCAAACAUCAACCAAUUAGAACAGUGAUAACAAAUGGAGAAGCUGGCAUUGGGAAAACAGUCUUAACACAGAAGUUCACCUUGGACUGGGCUGAAGGAAAAGCAAACCACAACAUACAGUUCACAUUUCCAUUCACUUUCAGAGAGCUGAAUCUGCUGGAUGGAAAGAUAUACAGCUUGGUGGAGCUUCUUCAUGUCUUCUUUACUGAGACCAAAGAAGCAGAAAUUACCAGAUUUGACAAGUACAAGGUUGUGUUCAUCUUUGAUGGUCUGGAUGAGUGUCGACUUCCCCUGGACUUUCACAACAAUGAGAUCCUGACUGAUGUUACAAAGCCAGCCUCAGUGGAUGUGCUGCUGACAAACCUCAUCAGGGGAAAAUUGCUACCUUCUGCUCGCCUCUGGAUAACCACAAGACCUGCAGCAGCCAAUCAGGUCCCUCCUGAGUGUGUUGACAUUGUAACAGAGGUCAGAGGCUUCACUGAUACCCAAAAGAAAGAGUACUUCGAGAAGAGAUUCAGAGACGAGGAGCAGGCCACCUCAGUCAUCUCCCACAUCAAGACAUCACGAAGCCUCCACAUGAUGUGCCACAUCCCAGUCUUCUGCUGGAUCACUGCUUCAGUUCUUGAACAUGUGUUGAGAGCAGAUGAAAAUAAGGAGUUACCGAAGACCCUGACUGAGAUGUACGUCCACUUCUUGGUGGUUCAGUCCAAAGUAGGAAAUGUCAAGUAUCAUGGGGGAGCUGAGACAGAUCCACUCUGGAACACCAAGAUCAUCAUGUCUCUGGGAAAACUGGCCUUUGAGCAUCUGCAAAAAGGCAACUUGAUCUUCUAUGAAUCAGACCUGAUAGAAUGUGGCAUCGAUAUCAGGGCAGCUUCAGUCUACUCAGGAGUGUUCACACAGAUCUUUAAAGAAGAUUGUGGACUGUACCAGGACAAGGUGUUCUGUUUUGUCCAUCUGAGCAUUCAAGAGUUUCUGGCUGCUUUGUAUGUGUUUGUGACAUUCAUCAACACUGGUGUCAACCUACUGUCAGAACCAAGGUCAAUAUCCAAGAGGUCUCCACUGUUGAGGGAAUCUAAAAAGGUAAAUCUCUACCAAACUGCUGUUGACAAGGCCUUACAGAGUCAAAAUGGACACCUGGACUUGUUUCUUCGCUUCCUUGUUGGUUUAUCGCUGGAGACCAAUCUGACCCAUUUACAGGAACUGCUGACACCAUCCAGAAGCUUACAGAACUAUCAGGAAACAGUCAAAUACAUCCAGAGGAAAAUCAGGAAGAAUCCAUCUCCAGAGAGAUGUAUCAACCUGUUCCACUGUCUAAAUGAACUAAAUGAUCAUUCUCUAGUGGAGGAGAUCCAGCAGUACUUGAGUUCAGAAGGUCUCUCCACAGACAAACUUUCUCAUGCUCAGUGGUCAGCUCUGGUCUUCAUCUUACUGUCAUCAGAAAAAGACCUGGAAGUGUUUGACCUCAGGAAGUACUCUGCGACAGAGGAAGGUCUCCUGAGGCUGCUGCAAGUGGUCAAAGCUUCGAGAAUAUCGUGCCUGAGAAACUGUAAGCUGUCAGAAAGAAGCUGUGAAGCUCUGGCCAGUGUUCUUAUGUACAAGUCCUCCAAUAUGAGAGAGCUGGACCUCAGUAACAAUGACCUAAAGGACUCAGGAGUGUGGCUUCUGUCUGCUGCAGUGGCAAGUCCAAACUGUAAAUUGGAGACUCUACGGUUGAGUGGCUGUAACUUAUCAGAGAAAAGCUGUGAAGCUCUGGCCGCAGUUCUCAGCUCCCAAACCUCCAAUCUGAGAGAGCUGGACCUCAGUAACAAUGACCUGCAGGAUUCAGGAGUGAGGCUGCUCUCUGCUGGAGUGGCCAGUCCACACUGUAGGCUGAAAACUCUACGGUUGAAUGGCUGUAACAUAUCAGAGAGAAGCUCUGAAGCUCUGGCCUCAGUUCUUAGCUCCCAGACCUCCAGUCUGAGAGAGUUGGACCUGAGUAACAAUGACCUGCAGGAUUCAGGAGUGAGGCGGCUCUCUGCUGGAGUGGCAAACCAACACUGUAGACUGAAAUCUCUACGGUUGUCAAGAUGUUUGGUCACAGAAGAAGGCUGUGUUUCUUUGGCGUCAGCUCUGAGCUCCAACCCCUCCCAUCUGAAAGAGCUGGACCUGAGCUACAAUCACCCUGGAGCCUCAGGGGUGAAGCUGCUCUCGGCUGGCCUGGAGGAUCCACAGUGGGGACUGGACACUCUCUGUGUUGACCAUGGUGGAAGGCACCGAUUGAAACCCUUCAUGUAUGCCUGUGAAGUCACACUGGACCCAAACACAGCAAACAGGAUGCUGCGUCUGUCUGAGGACAACAGAAGGGUGACAGAAGUGAAAAAAGAGCAGCCUUACCCUGACCACCCAGAUAGAUUUCACCCUCGGAAGCAGGUUCUCUGUAGGGAGGGUCUGAGCAGCACCUGUUACUGGGAGGUGGAGUGGAAAGGAUGGGUUAAUGUAGGGAUGACAUACAGAGGAAUCAAAAGAAAAGGAGAGUAUGAUGAAUGUUGUCUUGGCGAGAACAACAGGUCCUGGGGUCUCUUCUGUUCUGGUACUGGUUACUCUGCCUGUCACAAUAAGAGAACAACAGACAUACGUGGUGUCCUCCCCUCUGACUGUGGCAGAGUAGCAGUCUAUCUGGACUGGCCAGCUGGCACUUUGUCUUUCUACAGGGUCUCCUCUGAUACAUUGAUCCACCUCCACACCUUCAACACUACAUUCACUGAACCUCUCUAUCCUGUGUUCAGGUUCAAGUCACAGUCUGUGCCUGGUUCUUAUGUGUCUUUGUGUCAGUUUGGGGAGACAGAAUCAGUUACAGUGUAGAGAAAGCUCCACAGUGCCUACAGCCAGAGAGCCUGGCCGUGCAUGUUGUAGUUGAUCUGAUUUUGGUACGUCCUGUUUUCCUGACCUAGGGGCAAUAGGUCUGACACCAGCUUUGUCACCUGUAGUAAAAAAAAAAAAAAAACACGUCAAACUAUUUAUCCUUUUUUAACAUUGCAUAAGUUGUUCAUUGAUUUUGUGGCUUUUCUCUACUUGUGUUGCUGUUAUGCACGUCACAUAUGUAAAUGUGCUUUUAUCAAAAAAAGUGAAACAAGAAAGUAAGAACUGAAAUUAAGAUCCUGUUCCUGGUCCAUUUGACCUCCCAACAAUCAUGUUGUGUAAUGAUAAUGUGGAAAGCAACUGAGUGCAAUAUAACCAACCCUUAGCAAAGGUUACACACUCUUGCUUUAACGACAGUGUCUUAUAAGGAUAUGAAUAUGUUCUGAAGUUUUUUCAGUAAUGAGUCGUAUAAAAUGGAAUGUAAAGUUCAGUAAUUACACUGCAGUUACUAAUCCCAGUACUGCCCAGUACUAAUCAGUUAACCUUGCUACCUCUUUCUAUUCAUUUUAAAUAAUAUCUAAUAUGUGAGCAUAGAGGCUGAGGCCACAAAACCUGGAGAGUGGUGUCAAGGUGUAAUGAAGGGUUAAGAAAGCAUUGACUUAGGAGCUCACUGUUUGCAUCCAACCAUCUAUAUUGAUUUCCUUUAACCAUGAUCACCAUUGAUUCCUACCUUAAACUAAGUAAUCUUAACAUAUUUCAAUAUACCAUAGGUUAGGCAGAUCAAAAUGGUCAAAAAUAGGGUUAGGGGUCAAGAUGCCGACAGUGAAAUGCAACCACCUUAUUAAUGAAUCUGGCUGGGGAACUUUACUGCUUAUUGCCCCCUUUAGAUUUACUAUAGAGAGAUUGAUUUUUUUUUUUUUUACUGAACAGGCUACUGUACAGAUGUUAGACAACAACACAGACACAGUCUGUGCAGUCACAUCAACACUAAAAAUAGGGUUCCUAUUUUAAAAUUCACUUUAUUUUCUAAACCAUUCAAUAAAGUAGAGUGUGUUGGGCAACUGUGAGGCAAGGAAACAGAUUUAUAGUGUGAUUUCUGUUUUUGAUAAUGAUGAUGAUGAUUUUCAGGUGAAAAACCUCUGGACCUCUCUUAUUUGUUUAUCUUACUAACUCUGCUCAGCCACAUCAAUCUUUAUCUACUGUUUGUUGUCUAUUCCUAAAACGAUAUCUUCAUUUAUUUUCAUUUUAUAUAGUAAAGUUGUUUUUUAAUUUUUAUUAGAUAUACUGUUUUAUGUUGAUUUAUUGUAUUGUCACCCUAAAUAUUAUUACUAUUAAAAUGAAAUAUAUAAAUGAUAUGUAAGUAUAUAUCAAGUAAAACAUUGAUACUGAUGUUCAAAAUCAAAUAUUGUCAAAAUGUAAGAACAAAUAUUGGGACUAGUUUUUACACAAGAUGGAAUUCGAUUCAUUUUUUGUUAAUAUUGAGAGUUUGUUACAUUUUUUUAAAAACAAUAAAAUACUUAAAUAUC